CCAUCUUAUUGUGACCCACCGCUGGGUGCAAAUCGUUUGUGCAAAUAAUUCAAAAAAAGUGAAAUUUUGAAAUUUUUUGGUGCCAACAAAUUAUGUGACGGCUCUUUUAGUGUAAGCGAUGUGUGUUGGUUAGUGUUCAAGUGAAGGAUAAAUUGCUUUUAAAACCAAAAAUAGAACAAAAAUCAAAAAUGAAAAAUAAUACUGGCCCAUUUUCGAGUAGAGCAGAAUUCAUCUCGGAUGACACUAUCAACGAUGGAUUGCGUUACACCAGAAACGGAGGGUGUUUUGUGACUACCAAAAAGGCCAUUACUUUUGUGGUGGUUGCUUUAGCCUCAUUAUGUGUUGUUAUUGUGCUUAUGUACUAUUAUGGACCAAGUACCAAGUUACAAAUGCUGCGACCCGAAGUCAAUGAUCUUGAACAACUCCUUAACGAAACCAUCAAUGAAGAAGUGGCCCAGGAAGAUGUCCGAUUACCCAUCCACAUUCAUCCCAUCCACUAUCGUCUCAAGCUUCAUCCCUUAUUGGACGAGCCUAGUGACGAUAAUUUUACGUUUACCGGACAAGUCAAAAUUGUGAUAAACUGUACAACAUCUACAGACAAAAUAGUGUUAAACUGGGAUGAAGAACUCAACAUAUUGGAUUCUGAUAUCAAAGUGGUAACUGUGAAACAGGAAGAAGUGCACGAGAAGAAUCACACUGUCGCUAAAAGGGAGAUUUUAGAUUCAGAAGAUGUAGAAAACGGAGCUAUUCUUGCUGAAGAUGAUAUUAUGGUUGACACAACUGAAGAAAUGGCUACUACUGAAAUUGUUACAGAACCUGUAACGGAAAGAAUAUUAAUAACAUCUGAGCUGCAUCCUUUGGCAAUUCACGAAGUCAUCAGAGACCCACUCAAUCUAAAGAUAAUUAUAAUUUUAAAGGAUAGACUUUUUAAUGGUGAGACUUAUACCGUCGAUAUUAAAUUUUCUGGAAAUAUUACCAAUAAUUUAGUGGGAUUGUAUAGAACUAGUUAUACUGAUCUGUCUGGAAAUGUUAAAUGGUUAGCAACAACCCAAUUCGGUUCAGUAUACGCCAGAACAGUGUUUCCAUGCUUCGACGAACCUCUAUUCAAAGCACCAUUCGAAAUAAGCAUAGCAAGAAGAACAAACAUGACUGUACUGUCUAACAUGCCCGUUAAAGAAAUGGAACCCAUGAACGAAACCGGUUGGGUUUGGGACCAUUUUGAACCAACUCCGCCAAUGUCCACUUACCUGGUGGCAUUUACAAUUUGCGACUUUGGCUUUAUUUCAGCCAACUCCAGUGCCGGACCGGUGUUUAGGGUUUGGGCUCCUACCGAUGACUUGCCCAAAGCCCAAUUCGCUCUCGACGUGGCCCAGGAAAUCUUACCAUUUUUGGAACAAUAUUUCGGCAUUAAAUAUCCUUUGCCCAAAUUGGAUUUGGUCGCUAUUCCCAGCUUUGGUAUGGACGCUAUGGAAAAUUGGGGUUUGAUUCAGUUUAGGAAGUCCACCCUACUUUUCGAUCCCGCUUCUAGAAGUCUCAAAACAAGAAGCCUCGUGUUUGCUAAGAUAGCUCACGAACUUGCCCAUCAAUGGUUUGGAAAUUUGGUGACGAUGGAAUGGUGGUCUGAUUUAUGGUUAAAUGAAGGAUUUGGUACAUUUAUGGCUGAAGUAACACUGAGCAGUUUGAGGCCUAGAUGGCACGUCUACAGUAGUCUACAACUGCGCAACGCUUACACGACUCUAUAUUACGACAGUCUUAAGUCUACAACCAGCAUAGAGAAUAAGGUAAGUAGUAAUGCGCAAAUCGAGCAAAUCUACGAUACCUACAUUGUGACCAAAAAAGGCAGCAGCAUUUUAAAGAUGCUCAAUUACACGUUGACCAAGGAUGUUUUCCAGAAAGGGCUACAUAAUUACUUGAAGAAGUUUUCUUUCAAAGCUACAAAUCAAGAUGAUUUAUGGGGUUUAUUUACUAAACGUGCCCAUAACCAGAGCCUUAUACCAGAAAAUAUUACUGUUAAAGCUCUUAUGGAUUCGUGGACCACUCAGAGUGGUUAUCCAUGUAUAUCCGUGAAAAGGAACUAUAGUACAGGGAUGGCUACCAUAAAUCAAAGGAAAAUGACUGAAGAUUUGAAUAUUACUUCAGAUGAUUUAUGGUACGUGCCUGUAAACUAUAUCACUAAAGAAGAAAAGAACGUGGAAAGUUUUUGGUUGGAAAAUGUAAGAGAAAGCGAAUUAAAUUUAACUAAUUUAACGAAUGACUCUUGGAUUUUGAUUAAUAUUGAUGAAACAGGUUUCUUCAGAGUAAAUUACGAUCUUCACAACUGGCACCUCCUCACACAGCAAUUGAAAAGAAAUUCCAACAAAAUCCCCGUUUCGAAUAGAGGGCAUUUAAUUGACGACGCUUUUCAACUGGCCAAUGUAGGCUACAUAAACUACACUGUAGCAUUUAAUUUGGUGAAUUAUCUGACCAACGCGGAAAAGAAUUAUUUGCCUUGGUAUGCGGCUCUAAGGAACAUGGAGGAACUAAGAGUGAUCAUAAGUAACUAUGAAUACUCAGGCAUCUACGAUAACUUCAUCUUGAAGCUCAUCAAACCAAUGUUCGAUCAGCUAGGAACCUCGGAAGAACCAGGCGAUACCCAAAAUGAAAAACUAUUGAGACUGUUGAUAGUGACGUCCGCUUGCCAAUUGAGAUAUUGGAAAUGUACUCAGUGGGCCAGAUCAUUGUACGAUCAAUGGAUGAAAAUGGACGCUCCAAAUACAAACCACAUUAUCAACGUUGACUACAAAUACAUUGUCCAAUGUUCUGCCAUAAGAACAGGAGGUCCAGAAGAAUGGGAUUUCUUAUGGAAUCGAACACUGUCUCCAUCAAUACAGCCAGGAGACUUAGAAACGGCCUACUUAAGUUUGGGAUGUACUUAUGAUCCUUGGUUGAUUAAUAGAUAUCUGGAAUAUUCCCUAACCGGUAACAUGACGUUGGAAAAUGUCCAAAACGUGUGGAAAUCCAUUAACCAUCCAGUUGGUGUUAGGACAGGGUUUCAAUUUUUGAGAUUGAAUUGGGACAGGAUAUUUGAAACGUACGAGGAAAUAUUUCCAGUGUUUGGUACCAUAUUUCAUCAUUUUGUUUCUCAAUUAUCCACCGAAAUCGAUUUGGAAGAUUUAACAACUUUCUACAAAAUUCAUCAAAACGACUUAAAGACGGUUUCUUCAAUACUCCAAACGUCAGUAGAUCAGAUGAAGGUGAGGAUAAAAUGGAAAAAGAAGCAUUUGGAGAUGUUGGUGAAUUGGUUGAAAGACAACAGAAUGUGAAAAUUGAUCGUUUUAUUGUUUUUGAGGCAAAUUUUAAAUUAAUUUUUAUGAUAAGUUAUCACAAUUUUAUCAUUUCGUUUUGUUUGUUUUUAUACUAGGUAGAUACUAUUUUGUUGCAAUAAAUAAUUCUUUUAAUAUUCAA